CGCGCACGAGACCGGGCGGGCGGCGGAAGCGGGAGAGGCGCUUAGUGGUGGGGGGGAGGGGAGGUGACGAGUGCGCGCGCAGCGGGGGCGCGGGUGGCGUGGGGGGGGCGGCCGAGGCCGGCGGGCGCGCGCGCGAGGCUUACCCUCGCUUGGCGGCGGCAGCGGCGGCUUCUUUGUUUCGUGAGAAGAGGCGAGACGCCCAUUCUGCCCCCGGCCUCGCGCGGAGGGGCGGGGGCGGCGCCAGGAAGGCGACGGCACCGGCGACUCCCGGAGACCACUGUCCACAGCUCCUGUGAAGAUGUCCACUCCAGACCCACCUCUGGGCGGAACACCUCGGCCAGGCCCUUCCCCGGGCCCGGGCCCCUCCCCUGGAGCCAUGUUGGGCCCUAGCCCGGGGCCCUCUCCUGGCUCCGCCCACAGCAUGAUGGGGCCCAGCCCGGGGCCUCCCUCAGCAGGACACCCCAUCCCGACCCAGGGGCCUGGAGGGUACCCUCAGGACAACAUGCACCAGAUGCACAAGCCUAUGGAGUCCAUGCAUGAGAAGGGCAUGUCGGAUGACCCCCGCUACAACCAGAUGAAGGGGAUGGGCAUGCGGUCAGGGGGCCACGCAGGGAUGGGGCCCCCGCCGAGCCCCAUGGACCAACACUCCCAAGGUUACCCCUCGCCCCUGGGCGGCUCUGAGCAUGCCUCCAGCCCGGUUCCAGCCAGCGGCCCAUCCUCAGGCCCACAGAUGUCGUCUGGUCCAGGAGGGGCCCCGCUGGAUGGUGCCGACCCCCAGGCUUUGGGACAACAGAACCGGGGCCCUACCCCAUUUAACCAGAACCAGCUGCACCAGCUCAGAGCCCAGAUCAUGGCCUACAAGAUGCUGGCCCGGGGACAGCCCCUCCCUGACCACCUGCAAAUGGCAGUCCAGGGAAAGCGGCCGAUGCCUGGGAUGCAGCAGCAGAUGCCAACACUACCUCCACCCUCCGUGUCCGCAACAGGACCUGGCCCUGGCCCCGGCCCUGGCCCCGGGCCGGGUCCGGGACCAGCACCUCCAAAUUAUAGCAGGCCUCACGGUAUGGGAGGGCCCAAUAUGCCUCCACCAGGACCCUCAGGCGUGCCCCCUGGGAUGCCUGGCCAGCCCCCCGGAGGGCCUCCCAAGCCCUGGCCUGAAGGACCCAUGGCGAAUGCUGCUGCCCCCACGAGCACACCUCAGAAGCUGAUCCCCCCACAGCCAACGGGUCGCCCCUCUCCUGCACCCCCUGCUGUCCCACCUGCUGCCUCCCCCGUGAUGCCGCCCCAGACACAGUCGCCGGGGCAGCCAGCCCAGCCUGCCCCCAUGGUGCCACUCCACCAGAAGCAGAGCCGGAUCACCCCCAUCCAGAAGCCGCGGGGCCUGGACCCUGUGGAGAUCCUGCAGGAGCGGGAGUACAGGCUGCAGGCUCGCAUCGCACACCGAAUUCAGGAACUUGAAAACCUUCCCGGGUCCCUGGCCGGGGAUUUGCGAACCAAAGCGACCAUUGAGCUCAAGGCCCUCAGGCUCCUGAACUUCCAGAGGCAGCUGCGGCAGGAGGUGGUAGUGUGCAUGCGGAGGGACACAGCCCUCGAGACGGCCCUCAAUGCCAAGGCCUACAAGCGUAGCAAGCGGCAGUCCCUGCGCGAGGCCCGCAUCACCGAGAAGCUGGAGAAGCAGCAAAAGAUUGAGCAGGAGCGAAAGCGCCGGCAGAAGCACCAGGAAUACCUCAACAGCAUUCUUCAGCAUGCCAAGGAUUUCAAAGAAUAUCACAGAUCAGUCACAGGCAAAAUCCAGAAACUCACAAAGGCGGUGGCCACUUACCACGCCAACACAGAGCGGGAACAGAAGAAGGAAAACGAAAGAAUCGAGAAGGAGAGAAUGCGGAGGCUCAUGGCUGAAGACGAGGAAGGGUACCGCAAGCUCAUCGACCAGAAGAAGGACAAGCGCUUGGCCUACCUCUUGCAGCAGACGGAUGAGUAUGUGGCGAACCUCACGGAGCUGGUGCGGCAGCACAAGGCUGCCCAGGUCGCCAAGGAGAAGAAGAAGAAAAAGAAAAAGAAGGUUCGCCCCGAGAAGGCAGAAAACGCGGAAGGACAGACACCUGCGAUCGGACCUGAUGGUGAGCCUCUGGACGAGACCAGUCAGAUGAGUGACCUGCCAGUGAAGGUGAUCCACGUGGAGAGUGGGAAAAUCCUUACGGGUACAGACGCACCCAAAGCAGGGCAGCUGGAAGCCUGGCUGGAAAUGAACCCGGGGUAUGAAGUAGCUCCAAGAUCUGAUAGUGAAGAGAGUGGCUCAGAAGAAGAGGAGGAGGAGGAGGAGGAAGAGCAGCCGCAGCCAGCACAGCCUCCCACUCUGCCGGUAGAAGAGAAGAAGAAGAUUCCAGAUCCAGACAGUGAUGAUGUCUCUGAGGUGGACGCCCGGCACAUCAUUGAGAAUGCCAAGCAAGACGUUGAUGAUGAGUAUGGCGUGUCUCAGGCCCUUGCUCGUGGCCUGCAGUCCUAUUAUGCUGUGGCCCACGCCGUCACCGAGAGGGUAGACAAGCAGUCAGCGCUCAUGGUCAAUGGUGUCCUCAAGCAGUACCAGAUCAAAGGCUUGGAGUGGCUGGUGUCCCUGUACAACAACAACCUGAACGGCAUCCUGGCCGAUGAGAUGGGCCUGGGCAAGACCAUCCAGACCAUCGCGCUCAUCACGUACCUCAUGGAGCACAAGCGGAUCAACGGGCCCUUCCUCAUCAUAGUACCUCUCUCAACGCUGUCCAACUGGGCAUACGAAUUUGACAAAUGGGCCCCCUCCGUGGUGAAGGUGUCAUACAAGGGCUCUCCAGCAGCCAGACGAGCUUUUGUUCCUCAGCUCCGGAGCGGCAAGUUCAACGUUUUGCUGACCACAUACGAGUAUAUCAUUAAAGACAAGCACAUCCUUGCAAAGAUCCGCUGGAAGUACAUGAUCGUGGACGAAGGCCACCGCAUGAAGAACCACCACUGCAAGCUGACGCAGGUCCUCAACACGCACUACGUGGCCCCCCGCCGCCUGCUGCUGACGGGCACACCGCUGCAGAACAAGCUGCCUGAGCUCUGGGCACUGCUCAACUUCCUGCUGCCCACCAUCUUCAAGAGCUGCAGCACCUUUGAACAGUGGUUCAAUGCACCCUUUGCCAUGACUGGGGAAAAGGUGGACCUGAACGAGGAGGAAACCAUUCUCAUCAUCCGUCGUCUCCACAAAGUGCUACGGCCCUUCCUGCUCCGGCGGCUCAAGAAGGAAGUCGAGGCUCAGUUGCCUGAAAAGGUGGAAUACGUCAUCAAGUGCGACAUGUCCGCCCUGCAGCGCGUGCUCUACCGGCACAUGCAGGCCAAGGGGGUGCUGCUGACCGAUGGCUCUGAGAAGGACAAGAAGGGCAAAGGUGGCACCAAGACACUGAUGAACACCAUCAUGCAGCUGAGGAAGAUCUGCAACCACCCGUACAUGUUCCAGCACAUCGAGGAGUCCUUUUCUGAGCACUUGGGCUUUACUGGCGGCAUCGUUCAAGGGCUGGACCUGUACCGAGCCUCGGGGAAGUUUGAGCUGCUCGACAGAAUUCUUCCCAAACUCCGUGCCACCAACCAUAAAGUGCUGCUGUUCUGUCAGAUGACCUCCCUCAUGACGAUCAUGGAAGACUAUUUUGCGUAUCGCGGUUUUAAAUACCUCAGGCUCGAUGGAACCACGAAAGCGGAGGACCGGGGCAUGCUGCUGAAAACCUUCAACGAGCCCGGCUCCGAGUACUUCAUCUUCCUGCUCAGCACCCGGGCUGGGGGGCUCGGUCUGAACCUCCAAUCGGCUGACACUGUGAUCAUAUUCGACAGUGACUGGAACCCCCACCAGGACCUGCAAGCGCAGGACCGUGCCCACCGCAUUGGGCAGCAGAAUGAGGUGCGCGUUCUCCGCCUUUGCACGGUCAACAGCGUGGAGGAGAAGAUUCUGGCUGCAGCCAAGUACAAGCUCAACGUCGACCAGAAGGUGAUCCAGGCCGGCAUGUUCGACCAAAAGUCCUCCAGCCACGAGAGGCGUGCCUUCCUGCAGGCCAUCCUCGAGCAUGAGGAGCAGGAUGAGAGCAGACACUGCAGCACGGGCAGCGGCAGUGCCAGCUUCGCCCACACUGCCCCUCCGCCAGCGGGCGUCAACCCCGACUUGGAGGAGCCACCUCUAAAGGAAGAAGACGAAGUGCCUGACGAUGAGACGGUGAACCAGAUGAUUGCCCGGCAUGAGGAGGAGUUCGACCUGUUCAUGCGCAUGGACCUGGACCGCAGGCGUGAGGAGGCUCGCAACCCCAAGCGGAAGCCGCGCCUGAUGGAGGAGGAUGAGCUCCCCUCGUGGAUCAUCAAGGACGACGCCGAGGUGGAGCGGCUGACCUGUGAGGAGGAGGAGGAGAAGAUGUUCGGCCGCGGCUCCCGUCACCGCAAGGAGGUGGACUACAGCGACUCUCUGACUGAGAAGCAGUGGCUCAAGAAAAACGAAGGGAAAUAUAUCCAGGACAUAGUAAGCAAAAAGAUGAGUCGUGAUGUGGCCAUCGAGGAGGGCACGCUGGAGGAGAUAGAAGAGGAGGUCCGGCAGAAGAAAUCAUCACGGAAGCGCAAGCGAGACAGUGAUGCCGGCCCCUCCACCCCGACCACCAGCACGCGCAGCCGCGACAAGGAUGACGAGAGCAAGAAGCAGAAGAAGCGUGGCCGUCCUCCCGCCGAGAAGCUCUCCCCCAACCCACCCAACCUCACCAAGAAGAUGAAGAAGAUCGUGGAUGCUGUGAUCAAAUACAAGGACAGUAGUGGACGUCAGCUCAGUGAGGUGUUCAUCCAGCUGCCGUCCCGAAAGGAGCUGCCUGAGUACUAUGAGCUCAUCCGAAAGCCUGUGGACUUCAAGAAGAUAAAGGAGCGCAUCCGCAACCACAAGUACCGCAGUCUCAACGACCUGGAGAAGGACGUGAUGCUGCUGUGCCAGAAUGCGCAGACCUUCAACCUGGAGGGGUCUCUGAUCUACGAAGACUCCAUUGUCCUGCAGUCGGUCUUCACCAGUGUGCGGCAGAAAAUCGAGAAGGAGGAUGACAGUGAAGGGGAGGAGAGCGAGGAGGAGGAGGAGGGCGAGGAGGAAGGCUCGGAGUCGGAGUGUGAGUCCCAGGUGGGGGUGGGUGGAGCUGCACUGGAGGGAGAGGACCUGAGGCCCCAUUCCUCCACCAUCUGCACGGCUCCAGGGGGACCCUCCUCUCCCGAGCUCACAUCUUCUUUCUUCUGGUCCCACCCCAGCUCGCUCGGUCAAAGUGAAGAUCAAGCUUGGCCGGAAAGAGAAGGCCCAGGAUCGGCUCAAGGGGGGCCGGCGGCGGCCGAGCCGUGGGUCCAGGGCCAAGCCGGUGGUGAGCGAUGAUGACAGUGAGGAGGAGCAGGAGGAGGUAAGGCCCUCAGGACCCAGGCCAGGCGGGUUACUGGACAUCCAUGCCCAUGCAGGUGCCAGACUCCAUUCUGUGGUCCCGUGAGGGUAGAUGCUCUGGUGCCUCGGCUUCUCACAUGUAAGGAAGCUGAGGCUCAAUACUAAAUGCCAUGUGACUCAAGCCCUGGUCCACGUGACCCUCAAACCAGUGCGCUUAGAGCCAGUGGGCAUCUGGGGUUUAGGCAGGUCAUCCAUCCGGUUCCCGCUGCCCAGAAUGUCUGGGCUGCCAUGCUAAGGCCGACAGGGACAGUCUUUAUCAUGUUGGGGGGACGGGAGGCACUGGGAAUGGCGAUGCCAUCAGACAGGCCCCAGCGCCCUCAGCACAGGGCCCUCCACAGCCAAGGCUGCCAUAGUGUCACCACUGCAUGUGACACAAACCAUGCAGCCCAGGCCUCUGCUUGUGGCUCUGUCCUGGCCUCUACAAGGACUUCUAAACAAUGGUAGUGGGUUAAAACAUACACAAAAAACAAAAAACCCGUAACCCAAAGUCAUAAAAACAGAACGGAGCAGACACUGAACAUGGGCUGUGAGCGGUUCCUCAGUGGGGGACCCCCUGGGCCUGGGCUGUGGUCCCCACACACCAAGAUGAGCUUCGGGAGCGUCAAGCCCACAAUGGACAGUUUCAUGGGUGUGAGCGGCAGGAGCAGACUCACUCACUGGGUUUAACUAAGCUUUGUUUCUAGCUGCAGCCCAGUGCCUGGCCCUUCCGUUCAUGGGACCUGGGCGAUUCACUUCACUUCUGAGCCUGUCUCCACAGCUGUGAAGCAGGGACGACCCAGGGCCUAGCUCCCAGCAAAGCACCAUUUCAUUGUCAUUAUUUUUCUUGUCUAACUGCAGUAGCAGCAAAACCAGGUGCCCCAGGAUAAAUCUGACUGUCAAUGUACAUGGUCUUAUAGGGCCAUUAAUGACAUUGUAAACGUGGAGAGGGGUGGCCCUGUUUCUGGAGAGGCGUGUCUUGGCUGUAAAGCUCCUCAUCUGCCCAGUCAGGAUCCAGCAGGGUGUUCUGUGGCCCUCGCCAGGCUGUUUAAAAUGUUCAGACAGAGGAGUUCCCGUUGUGGCGCAGUGGUUAACGAAUCCGACUAGGAACCAUGAGGUUGCAGGUUCGGUCCCUGCCCUUGCUCAGUGGGUUAACAAUCCGGCGUUGCCGUGAGCUGUGGUGUAGGUUGCAGACGCGGCUCGGAUCCUGCGUUGCUGUGGCUCUGGCGUAGGCCGGUGGCUACAGCUCCGAUUCGACCCCUGGCCUGGGAAUCUCCAUAUGCUGUGGGAGUGGCCCAAAGAAAUAGCAAAAAGA